AUGCCCCCGACGGAGUCGCUGUACAAUUUCAGCUCUCUCAGUCCUGAGGCGCUCGCAUUGGGGGCGUCUCUGGACGCCAGCGACGCGUUAUGCCUGAGUAGCGUCAACGAGUGGGGGUCCGCGAUGAACGGCUUGACCGGGACGCCUCAGCAAGUGCUGGACGUCGUCACCACUCUCAACCUGAGUAUUCCGCAGCAGACAAAGCGAGAGCUUGAACUGGGUAUCGAGCGAGCUAACGAAUGCGUCACCACGUGGAGUAUCAUGGCGCUUCCUCGACUGUUUUUAUUCCCAGUGUCCGUAAACAGCACCGAGUUCGGCGAAAUCCCCGCUGUGGCCAUCAAUAUCGCCCCCGAUGUGACCGAGUGCCGCCCAGACGUCCCCCCGGAUGAGAGUCUUCUCGGCUCGAAGCUGGCUCUUGCUACGGAUGGCUGGGACUUGCUGGCGGACGUUCCCGAGGCGCUCACUUUGUUUCCGUACAGCUUCAACAGCACUAUGACUCCGAUCUCGCGUGUGGUCGAAGCCGGCGAGGAGACGAAGUACAAAGUUGAUACCGUCCUGGAGCCUCUGCUGCACGCGUACUACGGAGCCUGUCGAGUGCACGAGGUGAAUGCUACAGGCGUGUACAUUGAAGACACCUGCGAGAUCUCGAACCACUGGGCUUCUUACGGUCUAAUGACCCAAUCCCCGGACGAUAUGCCGCUAUGCAGCACCAGUGACGUGUGUAUCCACAACUCCUACAACUCGCAGUGGGAAUGGACCAGUGAAAUCACAGAAUCGGAACCAAACCGCGUCGCCAUGUACAUGAACACGUUUCGGAGUCGUUAUGCUGACAAAGUUGGUAUCAGUGUGCUACCUGGCCUGGUCGUGAUGCAGAUUUUCAUCAUGGGGGUAGUUAGUCUGUACGAAGUGAUGUCGCACAAGAGGUCGGUGCUGCUCACUCAAAUCUGGGCGUAUCGCUGCCAGAACGGCGCUACUCAGGUGGUGUACCUCGCCCAAAUUUCCUACCAUCUCAUCUACAACUCGGACUUGUACUUGCUCGGAUUCGCGACGGGCACGCUAACGACCGAGUCGAUUGCGAACCUCACCUGUUGUUUCUUUGCCUUCUCGUACUCGUUCGUGAAUCUGGCCAAGGCUCGUUCAGGGGACCAGCAGCUGGAUCGCCACUUUCGAUUAACCUGGGAAGCCACUCAAGUUGUCAUCACGGCUUGUGUGGUCACUACACUGCGAGUGGUGCAGCGGAAUCCAUUGGAGUCGAUUAUCUCGACAAACGCACAGAUUUUGCGUAAAACUUCAACUCUCGGGGCGAAAUACUGCGGUCUCAACGAUGCCUGCAUCAUUUUUACCGUGAAUGCUCCGACACUGAUCGCACUCUUGUCGACCAUUUUGGGCCUCUUAGCUGUGACCACAUCGCUGAUAGUGAAGAAGACCAGCCCGAAUGUUAUAAGGGUUGUACUGUCAUCUCGAGGUUCUCAGGGAAGCUUCAAAGGGAUCAGCCCUACGCGGAAAACUAAGGCACAACCAAAGAUUACGACGGUUCGAUUUAGCCUUAACAAGAAGAACCAGACUCUGCCACUCGAUGUUAUACGAUCGCCAGCGUACAAUCGUCUCACUUCGUUCGAGGAAAGCUGCCUGGGCUCGCCGUUCCGAAAAUUCUUUUACGAUUGCGACGAUUUCGCCUACGAGACGUACAAUGGGAAGCGCUGUACAACGGUGGAGGCAUUGUUGUUAACGGGAUACCUGUACUAUGGAGAACACAUUUACCAGGCAUCGUCGGUGCUGCUACUCGUUUUGGCGCGUUUGUUGCCCCGAAAACUCCUCCGCACCUUCAAUGUGCUCAUUCUGCGCUGGCAUUUGAACCCGAUCAAUGGCACGCUAACACACGCAUUGUCCUGCACGUGGUACACGGCGAGUAAAGAGAACCAUGCACUGAAUGGAAUGACGCCAGUCGCUUAG